UCCUACAAAAGGUGAAACAUGGGCUGUCUGGAUGCCGAGUCUUUAGACACCUGCAUCCAGAAGACCUUGUCUGCCCUGUAUCGCCCCUUCUGUGCCACUGCGUCCACCGUCCUCUGGCAGCUCUUCAGCGUGGUGGAGAGACAGUACCGUGGGGACGGCCUCCGCUGCUUCAUUGACUUCUUGCUUCCUGCCAAAAGGAUUCUGCAGAUCAUCCAAAAGGAGAGCUGCGUGAAGUUCAGAGGUUUGCUGUUCUACCACGAGGGGUGGCCUCUCUGCAUUCAUGAGAAAGUCAUCCUGCAGCUUUCCCCUCUGCACAAAGUUCGACUAAAGCAAGGAGACUUCUACCUACAGGUAGUUCCUUUGGGCCAUAAAGCUGCCAAGCUGGUGAUAAAAUGCCUGUCGGCCAGUGGGCAGGCUGUUGCAGAGAUCCCCAUUUCAGAGAGCAUGUAUGGUAGUGUCUUCACAGCUGAGUUCUUGCAGAAUGUAACGCGUGACCGAAACCUGCACCCACUACAGAACUGUCUGCUCACUACCGGCACGGCUGUUUACAGGACGCCGUGGAAGAACGUGGUCAACCCGCUCUUUGUCAACAGCACAGCGGACGCCAUCAUGCAGACUCGAUGUAGCCGAAGUAGCUUUCGUGGCCACCUAAGCACUUGUAGCACCAGCGGAUCUACCGGGACUCUGGACAGCCACCGCAGCUCUAGAGAGUCCCUGCACUCUCUAGGAGCUGACUCCAUUUUCUCCGAGCCCACCUCCCCAAACGGGAUUCACGUGGACUCCAGCAGUGAGAAACAGAACGCCAACAGGUCGGACCCCUCUGCAUCCAUUAAGAUAGAAAGACCCGGAGAAGAGUGUGCUAAAGAACCGGGGGAUGAGGCCAGUGGCGAAAGAGCUGCAGGGUCAAAAAUGUUCUCUUUUAGCACCGACCUCAGUAAUCCAGGCCCUUUGCGCCGUACACCCAGAGACACUGUUUCCUUUGAGAGCAGGAGACUUUUCAGGAAAUCUUACAUGGAGGCCCUGCAGAACCCCAUGACCCUGGGAUCCAGCUCUGAAUCCAUACUGGAGGAAAGCCCUGGACUCAGAGAAACAUCUGUGACACCAGGGAGCAGCCCCGACACCCGCACCUCUCCCAGAGAACACUUAUCCCGCAGGUUCGGUAGUCGAGGCUGGCUCAGUGGAGACGAUUCCAGACCCAGCACACCGUUGUUUUACUUCCAGAGGGGGUUGCGGGUUUCUGAGAGGCGAUCAGACAGACGCUCCAAGUCACUAGAGAGGACUAACAAGGCCGGCCAGGUUAAGGGCCACCGGGAGCGAUCGUCGUCUGGAGGCUCAACGAACAUCCCCAAAAAGCUGAUGAACGGUUAUGCUCUCCGUUUUGGGAAGCUGGAUGUGGAGGCUGUGCUUCCUGGAAGUGAGAGAAGAAGCAGCAAAGACGAGUCAGGACAGCGUGAUGACUGUAUCAGCGUUGAGAGCAGACGGCACAAAACGAGCAGCGAAGAGUCGCACAGUCCCAAAAUUGUGAAUGAAAUGAGCCCAACUUCCAACCACAGCUUUUCCUGGGAUUAUAAUUCGUCCUUCCCCAAAACGAUUUCAGAAAUCAACCAAGAGCUGCUCACAUCAGGGGCUGUGGUCCUGCCAGGAAACAGAGAUCGUGGUGGGAGGGCAGUGCUGCAGGUGUGCACACGAGCUCAGGUGUGGGCAGGUGAGGCGUGCACAGUCAACAACCUGACCUGUUUACUGGGCUACUACCACUCAACCCUGCGGAAAGAAAGGCGUGAUCAAGGCCUCGCUGUCGUAAUAGACAGCAGAAAGCAGCAGCAGGCUGUCCCAGCUCUGUUGUCAUCCCUGUUUGAAUUUCAGACCUUAUUACCCGAUGCACUUUAUUCAGUUCUGUUCCUGGUGGACAAAGAUGGGUCGGCCAAACUUGACAGAGACCUUAACGUGCAGACUGAGACACUCUCAUCCCUGAAAGCCCUGCUAAAGCACAUCGACCAAACCCAGCUGACCCGAGACCUAGACGGCACCUUCCAUUAUGACCACGAGCACUGGAUCGGCUUCAGACAGAAAGUUGAAUCAUUUGCUAGCAGCUGCAGCGCUGCCAUCAACUUCCUUCAGGAGUCCAUCAGCAUGCUGAGUGCCAGCAGCAGCCUCAAGACCUCAGAGGAGGUGUCUGAGGUGUUGGAACAGCAGAGGCAUCUCAUGAAGAGCGUUCUAGACGAUACCUGCCUGAACAGACUGCGCCUCGAAGGAGGAACUGUUCUCGCCCGCAUCAGGAAGGAAGAAGCGUGCGAUAAUGAAAGCUACAGGGACGCUGUCGAGAAGCUGAGCACUUUGUACAACCAAGUCGACGAGGAGGUUCACAAACUUGUGAUCUUAUCCAACAAGUCCCAGAAGGAGCUGGAGAGUCAGCUGCAGGUGCAGAAGUUUGAGGAGCAAACGCAACAGAUAAAACGCUGGUUUAGUGCAGCAGGAGAGAAGCAGCUCAUUCCUCUAGAAACAAUAAAUCUGUCUUUGGGCAAAAUUAAGGAGAUGAAGGAGAAUUUGAACCAGUUUCUGGAGGAGUCGGUGCACCAGCAGAGGCUCGGACUGCAGCUUGUGAAAGAGUCCCCAGAGUCUGUUCCAGAUUUGGUUCUGCUGGACUUUAAACAACAUCUGGGCUCGAUCUUGAGCAGAGUGGAGGAGAGGAAGGCUAAACUGGAGAUCCUGACAAACCUGUUUGAGUUCUACGACUCGGCAAACCAGUGGACAGACCACUGUCAGGAAUACUUCAGUCAGCUGACUCUGGACAGCUCAGAUGAGAGAGUUUCACCCUCUGUGGUGCAAAUCCUGCAAGAUUACUGCGCCGAGGCGUCUAAGUUCUCCGUGGACAACUUCAGCACACUCAAUGACAUGGUUCUGUCCCUGGAGAGUCCUCGGCAGCUGCAGCAGUGGACCUCCGUGUGGCACAAAUGUCAGCAGACCAAGCAGCAGCUGGAGGAGACUUUAGCUCGAGUCACGACAUCACCCCAGAGUUUGGCCUCUGCUGAUGCAGCAGAUUCUUUGAAGAGCGUAGAGCGACAUGCUGGUGCCCCAGAACAUGGCGGAGCUAAUGGAUGUGUGCGUUUACCUGAGGUCAUACCAGCGCUGACCUUUGAGGAUGGAAAGAAUCUCUCAGCUGGACCGUUCCCCAGGAGCCCGUCCAGCUCCGUGUCAUCAGACUUCCCUUUCCCCCCCUACAGUGGAAGCAAACUGGGCCAGAGCUCGUCCACGUACGACGACACGGACAGCGACGGCACCGUGGACUCCAUCUCCUGCCACUCAGAGCCCGUCUACUCCAAAACCACGCGGCUCCGCAAGCAGCCCAUGAAGAAGAUCAUGAAGAAGACCGUGAGCUACGAGCUGACCCCGAGGGACGGCGGCCACUUGGACGUCAGCCACGUUCACGGCUACACGGGGGUCUACAUCAAGGGUCUGGAGGUGGCCAAUAACGUGUCCGCAGAGAAGAAGCUGCAGAGGCCUGACGUGACGAGUCCUGCGUUGGGCCGCAGCCGCAGCAUGUCCACUCCCUCCAGGACGUACACCAGGUGCAGCGAGGGGGAGGGAAAGAAGCAGAGCAGCAGUAAAGUUCGGCACAUCAUGGAUGAAAUGAUUUCCACAGAGAGGGAGUACGUCCGCUCCCUCAGCUACAUCAUCGAGCACUACUUCCCCGAGAUGGAGCGCCUGGACCUGCCUCAGGACCUGCGCGGGAAGCGGAGCAUCAUCUUCGGCAACGUGGAGAAACUGUGGGACUUCCACAGCCAGUACUUCUUGAAGGAGCUGGAGGCGUGCGCCCACUCGCCGCUGUCCAUCAGCAGCUGUUUCCUGCGACACGAGGACCAGUUUGGGAUGUACGCCCUGUACAGCAAGAACAAGCCUCAGUCCGACGCUCUGCUCAGCAGCCAUGGCAACGAAUUCUUUAAGAAUAAACAAAUGGAGCUCGGGGACAAGAUGGAUCUGGCCUCCUACUUACUGAAGCCCAUUCAGAGGAUGAGUAAAUACGCGCUGCUGCUCAAAGAUCUGAUAAAGGAGUGCAGUCAGUCCCAGGAGCAGGAGCUGAGUGACCUCCGCACCGCAGAGGAGAUGGUCAAGUUUCAGCUUCGCCACGGCAACGACCUGCUGGCCAUGGACGCCAUCCGAGGCUGCGACGUGAACCUGAAGGAGCAGGGUCAGCUGCGCUGCCAGGACGAGUUUAUCGUUUGGUGCGGACGCAGGAAAUACCUCCGCCACAUCUUCCUGUUCGAAGACCUCAUCCUCUUCAGCAAGACCAAGAAGAUAGAAGGAGGAUAUGACUUCUAUAUCUACAAACAGUCCUUCAAGACAGCAGAGAUCGGCAUGACGGAAAAUGUUGGCGACAGCGGCCUUCGUUUUGAGAUCUGGUUCCGUCGGAGGAAGUCUCAGGACACGUUUAUACUCCAAGCCAGCUCUGCUGAGGUCAAGGCCGUGUGGACGGCUAUUAUCGGCAAGAUCCUCUGGAGGCAGGCCCUGAGGAACAGAGAGCUGCGUAUGCAGGAGAUGGUGUCGAUGGGGAUCGGAAGCAAACCUUUCAUGGACAUCAAGCCGAGCGAUGCAGCAAUUAGUGACAGAGCCAUAGAUUAUAUCAUGAAGGGGACAGAGACUCGGACGAGAGCGUCCAUUGCGGUGCCGUCGUACGAGCACUGCGCUGCGUUUAAGAGGCCCCACUCCACCAUCUCCAACAGCAGCACCUCCUCCUCCAGCAGCCAGUCGUCGUCCUCCCUGCUGGGCUCACUCAAUCUCCACCUGUACUCCUCGCCCUCCCACACGCACGCCCACCCCUACCCGAUGGGCAGCGUGGCCUCCUUCGUCCAGUGGCCGUAUGACUGCAUCGAGGAAGACGAGCUGGAGCAGGACGCCGCGGGCAGCCAGCCCUCCAUGAUCAUGGAGAGCUCAGAGACCUCCUCCCAGUUCAACUCCAGCGAGAGCGUGAUGGGCCUGAGCACCCUCACCGGACCCGACCACCCCGCCGCUAUCAUCAUGGACUCCUUCAACAGCGAGUCUUCUUUCCUCUGCUCCUCCACGCCUCCUCCCUGCGCCUCCUCUCCCUCCUUAUUCCACAAAGAUGAAGACCUGCAGCCGCAGGGCACCAAGUUCAUCACAGCACUGUGAAGUUCCUGCCGAGGUUGAAACAAAGACGAGUCAAGAUUUUGGGCACCGAGACUUUAUUGGCCCGUCAGAACGCACGUCGUGAUAGUAAUGUGUAAUAAAAGCUGGCGCAGGAUAUAUUUACGGUCGUGAUGGUACGUCAGAGGUCUGUACAUUUGUUUUAUAUUGUAGAUGUAUUUCACAGAGAAACAAACGAUGUGCCUCUCUGACACCUGUCCCGAAUUCGUUUGUACAGAUAAAUAAAAAGAUUUAAACUCG